CGGUAACAGACCAACAGCAAAAAAACCAUUCAUCAAAUAUCCCGGAUGUGAAACAUGGCAGCCGCCAUAAAUUGCUGAACUUUUAAUGUACUGAGUUAUUAAGCACUUGUAUAUAAUUGUGUUUGGUGAUCAGAAAAUGGCAAAGAGAAUUGCUGAUAAGGAGUUGACGGACAGAAACUGGGAUCAAGAAGAUGAGCUUGAAGAGGCUGGCCAGUUUCAUCAGGCAUCCAGAGAUGACAUAAGUAAAAGGGUGAUUAGGAAAGCAAAGAGAAGAGUUUUGUCGAGUGAUGGGGCUGGGAGUACAGCAGGGGCUUUCGCAGGGUUUGCUGGAUUCUCCAAGGCUGGCCCCCUGGGAGGACAAACCCCAUCGUUCAGUUUUGGAUCUGCUGCGGCCAAAACUGCUGCUGACUCUUCUGCGAACAAGCCUGCGAUGGGAUCGCUAUUCACAGCUAGUACACAGAUAAACAAAAGUAGCCAAGACUCUCCAUCAAUAUCGUUUGGAGUGAGAACUUCACCAGCAACAGAAUCCAAGCCUACUUCAAGUUUAUUCUCGUUUGUCUCAACAGCUAGCACUAAGGCGGCUCCAAUUGUGAGCGACAAAUCGGCACGAAAUGGAGUGUCCGUAACACCAGCAAAAGUGUCUGCACGGGCGACGGACGACGGUGCGCAGUCCUCGAAGCAUCGCGACCACGCGUACUACCAGGCGCUGAGAUCCCUCAACGAGUCCGUGCUCACGUGGAUCCGGCAGCAUGUCGAGACGAACCCCUACAUCAUCCUCGCGCCGAUAUUCGUCGACUACGACAAGUACGUGCGCGAUCUCGACGACAAGUACCCCUCAAGCAGCGUGGAAGACGAAACCGACGGAGCCAGCAAAGCGGACGGCGGCACGUCGGGUUUCAAUCGAGCGUCGUUCGGCAGCGGCGCUCGCUCGCUGACCUCGGCGCCCCCUGGUGACCGUAAUCACAAUUACGAGGACAAGCCGGCGAAGUCAGCUGGGUUGCAGUUUGGCAGUGCUGAGAAGACGCCGGGAUUCUCGUUUGGAAGUGGCUCCACCUUUGGACAGAAGCCGUUUAGCUUUGCUGGACAGACAAAAAAUGCACAAACGGAGAAGAAGGAAUCUGAAGAUGAAGAGGAGCAAGCCCCACCACGCCCUGAUUUCAAAGAAGUGAUGGAAGAAGAUGCCUUUUAUACAAAGAGGUGUAAACUAUUCUAUAAGGGUAAGGAUGGAAAAUUCAUAGAGAAAGGUGUUGGGAAUUUACAUCUGAAACCUAGUAAUGAGAAGACGCAGGUGGUAAUUAGGGCUGAUACGUCACUAGGAAACAUCCUAUUCAACAUCAUCUUGACGUCGAGCAUGCCAGUUAGUCGCAUAGGGAAGAACAACGUGGCACUCGUCUGCAUUCCCAAUCCCCCUGCAGACCCCAAGGAUGACCCGUCUCAAACAGUGAUGAUGCUUAUCCGAGUGAAGACAAGUGAAGAAGCUGACGACCUGCUCAAAAAGCUGGAAGAGUGCAAAGGCUAAAAAUGACAGACCGAUUGCAAGAGCAAUGCCAUCUAUAGGACGAAAAUGUGUCAAUCUUGCGCCUAUAUUCUGGCUGCUAGUUGCUAGUAGUGCUCAUGCAUUGACAGUGGCGACAUCUAUAGGACGGAGACGGUGACAAAUAUUGUCUAGAUGCUCUGACCUAUAUAGUGGUUCUCCUUCAAGGUAUAGGAGUAUUAAUGAAUUAGGUAAUGAAAACUCCUGUCUAUCAUUUCCACAGUUUGCCCCUACAUUCCGUUUGUACGUAACAAGAUAGUCAAAUGAAUCUGGUCCAGGAAACAAUGGAAGGAGGUGCUGAAUAGAUGCAGUGGGCAGUGUAACGUCUCCUUGGAAAGUGAAUCAGUUUCUCCCGGACCGUGGCUGUUUCCAUUAUGAGUAAACUCUGUAUUAGGAAAGCAGGAACACUUGAUAAUACUUUGAAGUUUGGAGAACGUUAAAAAAAAUUCUCUGGGUAUAGUGGCAUUUUUACUUUGUGUGUGCUGUUGACCUGGAGUAGGGUAAGGAUUCUAAUUAGCACAAGAGCAUCCGCUUUGGGUUUAGCCUAUAAACUGUACCAGUGUUAACUAAGGUGGAACAAUGUGGUACCCACCGCAGAAUAAAGGCGAUCCACGUAUCGUUGCUCUGUAUUUUUAUCUCAAGGAAUGGCAGAAACUUAUAAGAGAAUGAAUUUUCUGAAGUUAUGUUAUGUGAGAAAAAAGUAAAGCGUGGCAAGUAAAAGAUUCAAAUGUGUUGAAGUGGUUGUGUAUGUGUGUGUGUGUGUGCGUGUAAAUUCGGAUCUUAUCGUAUUCCCGCCAAUGUAUAAAUGUGAACAAGUAAUGUACAGGAAUUACCUUAACUAUCGUGCAAAAAUACAAUUGCAUUGAAACGGUUUAGUUUAUGUCACAACGUUAUAACAGCAGCCUAGUGUGCGUGUGCGUGUGCGUGUGCGUGUGCGUGUGCGUGCGUGUGUGUGUGUGGAAAAGGUCGAUUUUAUGUCUCAACGUCUGUUUACAGAUAUUUGUGUAAUAUUUGUUUUGGAAAAGCUGGACAUUUUUGGUUUUAAUGGCUGUCUGUACGUAAAGGGUUUUUCUGUAAAUUACAUGGUAACUGUACUUUAA